UUGCGACAGCUCGAGGGAAAAGCUGUCUCUUCUCACAAUGAAUCAAAUCUCGAGCAGCAGUGUGGCGGAAUUAUCCAAAAAUGUCGAGGAUAUAGAAACGGAUCCGGCCAAAGUGGCCGAGCAUCAGGAGUACGCCGAAGCUUUGUCAAUGUCCGAAAGGAAUGGCAAACGGCGAUGGAAUCAAACAUUUCUUCAGACUCGAAAUGUCCUCAGUGUGGUCGCCAUUCUUAUCGCCCUGCUGCUCAUAAUCGGAGCAAUUUACAUGCACUUAAGACAGAAGCAUCAUCUGGGCCGAUUGCACCUCAAUCGCAAGGAUCCGGGUGGCGAGGAUGUCCUGGAGGCGGACUUCCCCCUGGUCACCGUUCCCGGAGUGGCUGCCCAGACGAUAACAACAUUCCGGCCACCUUCAUCUCCACCUCCAUCUCCGCUGGAGCCAAGUGCCGAGUGCCUGGCCUGCAUGGCCAUCACAGCCACGAACAAUAUUCCGGCACCAUGCAAGUUCAAUGGAAGGGUGGUGCAGUGCGGCAUUUACCGCAUCUCCCACGACUACUGGAUGGACACACAGCUAGUAAUUGAUCCGUACGACUCACUUGCACAUGACUACGAAGGAUGCGUGGCGGUGCAGGAUUGCGCCGAGAAGAUUGUCCGUGGCUAUGUGAGCCGCUAUGGGAAGGAUUGCGAUGCAGACGGAAGGAUCGGGUGUCGGGAUCACAUAAUGCUGCACAUGCGAGGACCCAGUGGGUGUCAAAAGCAAGAGCCACUGCCCAUAUGGAGCAAAACGCGUAUGGAGGACUGUCUGAAGUACAGGGGGUUGCCAUAG